CGUCACAGUAAACCGACAGAUCGCUUCCCACACACAUCUCGCCCACAAAGAAAUGGCGUCCUUUCGCCUGCUUCAAGUUAGUGGAUAUCCCAAGAAGGCUCCUUUUGGGCACCAUAUCUGUUAUCUCCAUGCAUCGGCAAGAGUUUGCAAAGACGUCCAUGACGAUCCACGGCAGAAGGUCGUCCCCUGGCACAAGUACAAAGCGCCCAGAAAUACAAUAGUUCUAUGUCAUGGUCUACUUGGCUUUGACAUGAUGGUCUAGGCCCGACAUUCCUUCGUCUUCACUACUGGCGCGGAAUAAAGGAGGCGUUGUCAACGAUUGGAUGUGAUGUGUUAAUAACACGGGUACCGAGAGCUGCAGAUGUCAGCGUCAGAGCGAGAGUCUUGAAAGAGGUGUUGGAAGCGAAAGUGCCGGAAGGGAACACUGUGAAUUUAGUUGCCCACUCCAUGGGCGGACUGGAUUGUCGAUAUAUGAUUAGCCAGCUCCUCAAGGCGGACCACUCCCGGCCCAAGUUUAACGUCAGCUCGCUGACUACAAUAGGCACACCUCACCAUGGGUCGUCCAUUGCUUCACUCCCAUUCAUAUCUAGUCUCCUCGAACCUCUGAUAUCAACGUUAUACCGAUCCACGAGUCUCGACAUUCGCGCUUUCAUAGAUCUUACACCUUCGUAUGUCAACAACACGUUCAACCCUGCCACACCUAAUGAUCCCAGCGUUGCCUACUUUUCUUACGGAGCCGACGGAACGGAAAGCAUUUACCAAAAGCCAUUCGUUUAUCCUCUUAGAUUCACAUUCGAAUACCUCAUGGCAGUAGAGGGCAUCAAUGACGGUUUGGUGAGUGUAAAGUCCGCGCAAUGGGGAGAGUACAUUAAAACAUUGAAAGCGGACCACAUUGAUUUGAUUAAUCUGCUGAAUACUUGGAGAUGGGAAACGGUGGUAAAGAAUUUGGAUGCCGUCGAGAAGGUUGAAGAGGCUCUAAAGCAAGGCACAGAGGUCAAAGGUCAGGACGUGCGAAAGGCACAUACUCAACUCCAGAAGAAAGCCAAAGAGAUUGGAAAAGAUCUGGUAGAGCACACUCAAGCGAAGAAGGAAGAACUAAAGGAUCAGAUCGAAGAGAGCAAAUUCAACGCCAUUGAGUUGUAUCUUGAAAUUGCUACUAUGCUAGCAAACAAGGGAUUCUAGGCUAGAGUAGGGAGUUGGUAGAACAUUUGUAUCAAUUUUCGUCCAUUGAAUCUGCUGAUGCGUCCUCACUCUUUCAUUAAGAAACAAGUACAAAGUUAAGAGCGUUCCUA